GUAUGAAAGGAGCUUAAAUACAAGUCCAUGCGGAAGCUGAGCUGGUUUCCAAUGAGAGAGCAGCACCAGCUAACAACGUGAAAGGACAGGUGUUACUAAGUAGUAUUUAUACAGCAGGGAAUUUUAAAAUACACCUUCAGAGUGUUAUACCUGGGUGCAGCAGCAGCUUGAAAAGUAACAAAAAGGAGAAAGAGUGAAAGCAAUUAGAAAGAGAGCACAAAGAUCCAGGAAGAAACCUUGGGUGCUAGCUAGAAACUUUUUUAUUUUGUUUUUAAUUGUGUUGGUGGCAUUAUAGCAUGUUCAGGAAACCUGCUCUCUCCACAGUCUCUAAUGGAAGCUAUUUGCAGGGGCAAUCUAUUGGCAGGUUGCCCUCUCUGGACAGUAAAAAGCCAUCCCAGGAAGAAAAAGUGGUGCUGAAGAAGAAAGUAACUUUUUUAAGAGGGGUUUCCAUUAUAAUUGGCACUAUCAUUGGAGCAGGAAUCUUCAUCUCUCCCAAAGGGAUACUAAAGAACACAGGCAGUGUGGGAAUGUCCUUGAUUGUCUGGACAGUGUGUGGUGUCCUUUCCAUGUUUGGUGCGCUGUGCUAUGCUGAGUUGGGAACAUGUAUCAAGAAAUCUGGUGGCCAUUACACUUAUAUCCUGGAGGCAUUUGGGCCAUUACUGGCUUUUGUUAGAGUCUGGGUGGAACUGCUUAUAAUACGCCCUGCUGCGACAGCAGUGAUAUCCUUGGCAUUUGGACGCUAUAUUUUGGAACCAUUUUUUAUCCAAUGUGAAAUUCCAGACCUAGCAAUUAAGCUUAUAACAGCUGUUGGCAUCACAGUGGUAAUGGUCCUGAAUAGCAUGAGUGUCAGUUGGAGUGCUCGCAUCCAGAUUAUCCUUACCUUUUGCAAGCUCGUAGCAAUUUUGAUAAUUAUAGUCCCUGGAGUUAUGCAGCUAAUUAAAGGAGAAACACAGCACUUUAAAGAUGCAUUUGCAGGAAAUGAUGCCAGUGUUAUGGGAUUACCUCUUGCUUUUUAUUCAGGAAUGUAUGCCUAUUCAGGCUGGUUUUACCUCAAUUUUGUUACUGAAGAAGUGGAAAAUCCUGAAAAAAACAUACCACUUGCAAUAUGCAUUUCGAUGGUUAUUGUCACAGUUGGCUAUGUGUUAACAAAUGUGGCUUAUUUCACUGCAAUAAGCCCCGAGGAACUGCUAAUUUCAAAGGCUGUGGCAGUGACCUUUGCUGAACGGUUAAUGGGAAAUUUUUCGUUAGCUGUUCCAAUAUUUGUUGCCCUUUCCUGCUUUGGGUCUAUGAAUGGUGGCAUCUUUGCUGUCUCCAGGAUGUUCUACGUUGCAUCCCGUGAGGGUCACCUUCCGGAAAUUCUCUCCAUGAUUCAUGUCCGCAAGCACACUCCUCUGCCAGCUGUCAUUGUUUUGCACCCGUUAACAAUGAUAAUGCUCUUCACUGGGGAUCUCUACAGCCUCCUGAACUUCUUAAGUUUUGCCAGGUGGCUUUUUAUUGGACUGGUAGUUGCAGGGCUGAUUUACCUCAGAUAUAAACGUCCUGAUAUGCCUCGUCCUUUCAAGGUACCGCUAUUUAUUCCAGCUUUGUUUUCCUUCACCUGCCUCUUCAUGGUUGCACUGUCACUUUACUCUGAUCCUGUUAAUACUGGGAUAGGCUUUGCCAUAACCCUGACGGGUGUCCCUGCCUACUACCUCUUUAUCAUAUGGGACAAGAAGCCAAGAUGGUUCAGAAGACUCUUGGGUAAGGUAACUGAAACCCUGCAGAUCAUCCUGGAAGUUGUCCCAACAGAAGAUAACUUGAAAUCAUGAUCACUUACAUCCUGAAGAAACAGAUGUUGCCUGUAUGUCCCAUUCCAGCUUGGAACAUUCACGUGAGGAGAGUUUUUUCCCUCCCUGGACGUUCAAUGAAUUACAAGAGCAAGACAAUUACAAUGAAACCUGAAAAUGAAUUGGUUACCAGAGCUUUAGGUUUUUCUUUGUUUGUUUUUUACAUUCUCAAGUUUUCAUACAAACAGUUGGUAUGUAGAAAGUAUAUUUGCUCUGUGUUAUAAAAUAACAGAAGCCACAGAACUGCUGUGGACAUCAAUUCCAUCUCUUCUGUCUGUGAGAGUAGAAAACAAAGAACAAUCUCAUCCAUAUUUCUCUUUUAUAAUAUUCAAGUUUAGCAAGCCUUAGAUUCUUCAAUUUGGGGAUUUUGCUGCAUUGUCAAUGACCAUUUGUUCUGGAAAUGUUUUUGUAAUCAGAAAUAGUGUUUCUUACACGUUGCUCAUGAAGAACCUAGACUUCAUUGGAGAGAAGGGCAAGGUAAGACUCCUUAGCUAAAAGUUUGGGUCAGUCUUGUUCUUCCUCUUCCUCCAUUCUUCACUCACAUGUUUCACAUGUUACUUCCCUUGUCUCAAUUUAAGUAGCAUAUCAGUUCCCCUUAUGCAAACAUGGUGACUUCACCCAUCUUUGUGGUGGACUAGUAGGAUUGUUACAUUUCCUAAGGCUUUUUUUUCCCCAAUAGAUGAGUAUUGAAAAUAGAUAUUUAGUAAUUUGACCCAUUGUAUAAGCUUCCACCAGCCUACUAGUUAGCACUGGUUUUAUUACUUCCAUGGUAAAUGUAUAAGAAAUAUCUCUGCUUCGAGUAAAUUCUUUCAAAUAAGACAAGACAUUUAAAAUUCAACCAUUGAACAUACAUGAAUAUUUGUUGUCUAGGCAUAUGUGGAUCUGCAGUCCUCAUUUAGGCAAAGCUCCCAUUAAAGUCAAUUACAAUUGUUUAACAGAUGUGAUUGGAAGUGUCACCAGUUCUGAAAUCAAUGGGAAUUUUGUCCAAGGAAGGACAGCUAUUUUGGAAUAAACAUUCUAAGUGACAGGCAAACUAGAGAAAUUUGGAAUGUUGAAUUGGAUAUAUACACAACCUAUGGGAUAUUUUCUUAUACACAUACCAUGUUCUUAGACCUCGAAAUCUCAUCAAAUAAUGUUCUCCUACAAAACUUACAUCCUUGUUCCCAAUUGUUUCAACUGAAACUAGAAAUUACAGAGGAAACCGAAUUGCAAAAAUUGAAGGCAAAAUGGUUGACAAUCAAAACAGGUUGUUGUUGCUGGGGGUUUUCAGGUUGUGGUUUGGGGUAAGUUUAGCUCAAUUGUGACUUAGCUUGUCCCUUCCUGUUGAUAAUACUUUGCACAGUAGGUGAACAUUAAAAUAUUUUAAAUGCUUAAGAAAAUGGUUCUAUAUUUCAAAGACUACUCCAGCCUUAUGAUAAGAUUUUACAGUUAAUAUGUUAGAAUAAAAGUAAUUAGAUAUUUAAUGCACUACUUGUAAAACUGUUGCCUAUUAGAUCGUUUGCUUUUUCCAAAUUUUUAUGAAACAGACAAAAGUCUUUUAAAGUGAUAAAUGCUGAGGAAACACUAGAACUAUCAAAACUUCUACAGUUAAAUGGAUCCUGUCAACCUGAAGUAAUCCAAUUUUAACAGAGAAGAGGUUUGAAGUCUGUACAUUGCUUCUGAGUUCUCCUGCCAGUUUUUGUGGUUUUACAAUCACAUUUUCCUGAUUUUUAUGCACUGUUUUUCUCUCCUGUUUGUGUGAAAGACCCACAGAAACAGGGAAGAUGUAAUAAUUGACUAGAUUGUGUGCGGUUAGUGUCACUGUUUCCUCUGUGCUGUUAAAUGGACAAAGUAAAUAGGACAGUAUUUUCCUCUAAUCUCUUUCUGUUACAGUAACAUUAAGAAGUUGUUUGAAACUAGAGUAGGCAAAUAUCUUCAGACACAUUUUUAAGUUGACUGGAUCCCUUUAAGUUUACUCUUGUAUUAUUUUCAUUUUCUUGUUAGAGAGGCUGAAAUUUAGAAGUGUUAAGAGAGUCUGUUCCAACAUUCACUUUUCACUUGCAUUUGUUUUGCUCAUGCAAUUAUUUUUCCUAAGAGAAAUCAUUUCAUCUUCUGCAAUUGUGCAUUUGAAAGAAGAAAAUAACUUGUGAAAUAACAAUUAUUUUUAAAAUGGCACACAUAGGCUUAUGAUACUAAGUAUUUAUUCAAUUCCAUGAAUACAUACAAUGUUAAUGCAAAAAUAUUUUGAUGGGAUGUCCACUGAGUUACAAAAAGUCAGUACUAAGAACAUGUGUUGGAUGCUGAAGCAAUGGGAAUGGUUGCACAAAACAAAAGAAAUAGACAAUAUAGAAAUCCUUGAAUGGUGUUCUUCACCUUUUCUAAGGUGUCAUCUUCAAGAUCCCCCAAAAAAGCAUUUUAAAUCUGUUUGUUUUUCUCAUUUAGGGCCAAAUCCUGCACCCACACAAAUCAAUGAAACUAGUAUAGUGUUAAAGAUUUGUGUCCUACUAUUACUAGUUUGGAUAAGAAUCAGGACUGUAAACUUUUAUACUCCUUUUUUUCACCCUCAACAUCUUUACCAGGCAACUACUACCAAAACACCAGUUCCUGGGAAGAUGGGACAUGAUUUUUUUUUCUUUUUAGUGUUGAUCUUUUCAAGCUCUGUCUGAUAUUCCCUAUGCAGGCAGAACUCCCAAUGAAAAUGUUAUCACUGGAAAGACUUCAGAGAGAUUCUGAGUUGCAGUCCUUAGAGCACAACAUAUAGCUUUCAGCCCAGGGAAAGGGCAGGCCACAGUGAAGGUAAAUCAUCAUUGCACGCUCUCUACUCCAGAGUACUCUGGGGACAGAAGUGGUCUAGAGGCAUGUUUAAGUUAUUAGCAUCCUGCCCAUAGCUCUCUAUGGGCAUCAGUGUCAUCCAGAACUUCAGCAGUGCUGCAGGUCCAGCUUGACAUGCCCAUCCCAUUCCUAGCCUCCCACCAUCUAUGCCUGACCAUAUGAAGGGGUUAUCAUAUAAUAACUUGAUGUUAUCUUACUAAAUUAGUGCACUGGGGCUAUUCUCCUCUAUUCAGAUCCAGGGCUUUUAGAGCCCCUUUUAUGCUGCUCCUUCACCUAGCAUGCAGGAGUUGGAGUGGCUGUGAGGAUCUCAUAUUUCAGGAACAGGUCAUUAGGUCCUGAGAACCAUGGCUUUUGUUUACCUUGAUGUCAAGGAAGAGUGGGUAAAUACCAGGUUUUGGGCUAGAUCUGGUCUAUGUGGGUUAGCUCCUGGAGGUCCCCACUGCUAUAUUUACUUGCAUGGCUGCAGGUACUGGUGAUUGCAGCUUCCAUUGGCUGUAUUGUGGUCCGUUCCGCUUCCCGCCACUCUCAUUGGCCUGGAGCCAAUAGGAGCAGCCAAUCCUGCAGCCAAUAGGAGCAGUAAUUCCAAUACCUGUUUCCAUGCAGGUAAAAAUAGCAGCCGUGGCUAACUCUAGCAAGCCACUGCCAUGUUAUUGUCCCUGUUGUAAAGUCUGUAUAAAUCACUACUAAAUCAGAACAGCAAUGCUUUGCACUUGCUUACCACAGGCAUAAAGAAUUCCAUGGGUACAGGCAAUGAAGAAUCAUCUUAAAUUGACCAGCAGCUACAUAGUCUUAAUCUGCCCUGUAAUUCUUCCUCCGAGCAGGGAAUUGGAUUAGAUAGUUCCGUAGGUCAUUUACAACCCUACAUUUUUAUGAUUCCUUAACUAAUCAGGAGAGGAAUUACAUGGACAUUACUUUCAAUUAUGAAUAUCUGCAUGUUAUUUGUUACUGCAUUGCCUCCAGAUAAUGUGGUGCCAGUCAGGGAUCAAGAUUCCAUUGUAUUAAGCAUUGUUCAAACAUGCAACAGUAACACAGUGCCUACCCUAAAAAAGCUUAUGGUCUGAGUAUAGUGGGCUGUGUCUACAUUGGCAAGAUUUUGUGCAAAAGUUGUUGCUUUUGUGCAAAAUCUUGCCACCGGUCUACACUGGCCGC